ACCAUUUAUUUUGAAACUUGAGGGAAAUAUAGUAUUAUGAAACGAUAACAUCCAACUUGUCCGGAAGAGACUACCAAGUCAAGGUCUUUGUCAACUUUUUAUAAAUUGUGGUUUGUGGUAGACAAAGGAUAUCUUCUACAUUUGGCAACCACAUACACACAAAAAAAAAAAGGAAAACUUGUUCAUCUUGCAGAUCAUGGCUGAAAUUCUGUACAAUCUUGCUGCUGAAAUCUUGAAAAGUUUGGGUUCUCUUGCUGCUGAAGAAGUAGGAUCUAUUUACGGACUAGCCGAUGAGCUUCACAAGUUUUCUACUACAGUUUCUUCCAUCCAAGCCGUACUCAUUGAUGCGGAGGAGCAACAAGGGAGUAGCAACCAGUUGAAGGACUCGAUAGCCAGGCUUAAGAAAGUGUUCUUUGAAGCUGAUGAUCUCUUGGAUGAUGUCGCCACUGAAGUUGAGCAUCGAAAAUUGUUCAAUAAGGUAGGAAUCUUCUUCUCAAAAUCAAAUCCAGUGAUUUUUAAUCGUAAGAUAAGUUAUCGUCUCAAGGCCAUUCGGAGAGACCUAGAUGUAAUCGCAAAAGAUAGGGCCUCCUUAAACCUAGUUGAAAGGAGGCAGCAACCUUUGCUUCGAGAGCCUUACUCAUUCCAAUUGAAUUUGGAUAGAGAGACUUAUUCAUCUGAGCCUGACGGAGAAGUGAUUGGAAGGAAUGAUGAUAAAAAGAAAAUUGUGGAUUUUCUUUUGGAUUCUGAGUUUGAAGAGAAUGUUGUGGUCAUAUCAAUUAUCGGUCCUGGGGGGCUAGGAAAGACCACUCUCGCACAAUGUGUGUACAAUGAUGAAAUUAUCAAAAAGAACUUCGACAAAGCAUUGUGGGUUUGUGUUUCGGACGUAUUUGAAGUGAAAAUGAUUGCAGAAAAAAUCAUUGAAUCUGGGGGAGGGAAGAAGGAUAAUUACCUUCAACUAGAUGCAGUGCAAAAAGAGCUUCGGAAAAUGCUUGAAGGGAAGUAUUUGCUAGUGCUCGAUGAUGUGUGGAACGAAGAUCCCUUGAGAUGGUCGAACCUGAAGAAUAUGUUGACCGGUGGAGCCAAGGGAAGUAAGAUUUUAGUGACUACUCGUUCAGACAUGGUGGCAGAAGUUUCAGGAAGUGUUCAUAAACAUAAAUUAGGAGACCUUUCAGAGGAAGAAGCAUGGAAAUUGUUUGAAAAAAUUGCAUUUGAAUGUAACAAAGAGCACGAUAAUUCAAAUUUGGUGGAAAUAGGAAAGGAAAUUGUGAAAAAGUGUGGAGGAGUUCCUCUUGCAAUAAGGUUAGUAGGAAGCCUACUGCGCGUCAAAAGAACAGAGGAUGAGUGGAUGUAUUUCAGGAAUCAAGAUUUGUCAAAUAUCACACAAGGAGGAAAUGAUCUAACGGCCAUUUUGAGAUUGAGCUAUCAUUACCUUCCUCGGCAUUUAAAGAUAUGCUUCGCAUAUUGUUCCCUCUUUCCCAAGGAUUCCGAAAUUCAAAGAUUUGAUUUGGUUGAUAUGUGGAUUGCGCAAGGCUUUAUUCAAUCAAGUAAUAGCAACAGAGAUAAUGUAGAGGAUGUAGCAAAUUCAUAUUUCGUGGAUUUGUUAAGAAGGUCAUUCUUUCAAGAAUCGUUUAUGCAAUUUCACAAAAUGCACGAUCUUAUUCAUGAUCUCGCAAAAGAAGUUGCAGAUAGCGAGUUCUUCAGUAUCGUUAAAGCAGAAGAUACCAAGAUUGUCCCUGAUCAAACUCUCCAUGCUUCUUUUUUAUUCAAGAUUGAUGGUUCAUUGACAUUUCCCAAUUCAUUCUAUAGGAAGCAUAUGAAGUUGCGUACAUUUAUUUACCUAAAUGAUUCUCCAGGCAGUGUCAUGAGCAAUUUAAAUUUAGCGAGAAUGAUUUCAAGUUUUUCACGCUUGCGCGUCCUACAUCUAGGUCAGCUGGAUAUAGUGUUUCUACCUCAAUCUUUAGGUGGACUGAAGCAUCUAAGAUAUCUCUCUAUUUCUUCUAACAGUAUUGUUACUUUACCAAAUACCAUAACAAAAUUGCAUAAUCUACAAAUUCUAAAGUUGUUUAGUUGCAGUAUACUCCAAAAUUUGCCGAGAGAUAUUUGGAGAUUGGUGAGCCUUCGACGUUUGGCAUGUCAAUGGUGCGACUCAAUAACCCAUAUUCCCCCAGGAAUUUUCCAGUUGACAAGUCUCAUGCAUUUGGAAUUUCAUCAUUGCACAGCCCUGAAAGAUAUGCCACCUGGAAUUGGUCAACUGACGUCUCUACGGACGUUGCCAAGUUUUAUCGUAGGCAAAGAAAGUUGCAUAUCUGGUCAGGCAAGUGACAGGUUGAACGAACUAAAUGGCCUUGUUGAUCUCAGAAAUAGCUUAAGCAUUAAAUUCAUGGGACGUAUCCGUGCAAUUGGAGAAAGAACACCAACAGGUGUAGUGAAAAGGAUGAAGCAUCUUCGACAGCUGAGUGUAGAGUUUGAAUAUGGAAAUCAUGGGGAUGUAUCUGAUCUGAUGAUGUUGGAAACCCUGCAGCCUCACCAAAACAUUAAAGGAUUGGGAAUAAAAAAUUACAGUGGGUCAAGGUUUCCAAGUUGGUUGAUGGAUGAGAAUCUUGGCUUUUUGUUGCCCAAGCUUGUUCAUCUAUGUAUAGAAGAUUGCCAUAAAAUCCAAAAUCUUCCACAGCUAUGGAAACUGCCUUUUCUCCAAAGUCUUGCACUACGGAAUCUCAAUGGACUCUAUGGUUAUGAUGAUAAAUUCAUGCAACCAUCAAAGACUCCUACAGAUGAACGCUACUACUUCUCUUCCCUAAAACAACUUGAACUGCAAAGAAUAAGUGAGAAGACAUUGAAGCAAAUUCUUUGCCCACCUCCUCAUCAUCCUUCUCCUCUUCGCAACUUGAAAAAGUUGACUCUAGUUUCUGUUGAAAGGCUAGCAACUAUGCCAGAGGAUGUGUUCAAGAAUCUCACGUCGCUCCAAUCUUUGUCUAUCCGAAGUUGCGGAGAUCUGGUCUAUCUAUCCACAUGUCUAAUUCAUCUCACUUCUCUGGAGACUUUAUCUAUAGCAUUUUGCCCUGAUCUCGACUUGUCCAAUGAAGAGGGAAUGCAAUUUCAAGUCCCGGGGAACUUAUCAACUCUCACUCUUUUCGGGCUUGACAAGUUAAUGUCGCUUCCACUAUGGCUCCGACAUUUCUUAGCUUCUUUGAAAUCAAUAGACAUUAUGUCAUGUGCUAAAUUCACAACAAUUCCGGAAUGGAUAGGCGACCUCAUUGCCCUUAAUCGGUUGGCGAUUAUUGGUUCUCCUAUGUUGACAUCCUUGCCAGAAGGCAUGAGAUCUCUCACUGCAUUGCAAAGACUAAAUAUUUCAUGGUGUUCAUCAAUCCUGAAGCAAAGAUGCAAGAAGGAAGUAGGAGAGGACUGGCCUAAGAUUGCUCACAUCCCAUCUGUUGACAUAGGAGGCUAUUAUUGAAGAUUGAAGGUAAUUGAAGAAAAUGGGUUGCGCGCUAUGAAAGAAUUCGUCAUCAAAUAAGAUGUUUAUAGCAUAUCAAAAUAAGGUUGCAGACCUUCAAAAUGAUAACUUGGUGACCAAGAAUUUUGCCACAAAAGAUGACUAUUUGAUACGAUCCAGCCUCAAAACUUUUGAUCACAUCAUUCUAGGCCAACACAAAGAGGUCCAAGUCAUAAUCCACCAAAGAGCUCAACAAUGCACUUGAAGGACCCUCUUUGAGCUCCUAAACCCACAAUCCCAUGUGUGGAUAAUUGUUUGGAGCCUGGAGUGCGCUUUGGAAAGCCAAAAGACUCAACAAACUAAAGGAGAAGGUCAUGAGAAGAUCAAGCAGUAACAUACUAAGGGGCGUCUCUUUUAAUGGGUCAAUGGGCCAUUUAAGGGCCUUAAUGUAAUAUAAUUAGCCUAGCACUAUAAAUAGAUAGCUUAUGGUUCUUUCUUUCUUAGUUUUUUUAUGUAAUCAUGAAAGCUUCAUGGGAGUGAAUUGAGUGCUUGAAAAAAUCGAUGUUGAACCUUGUCUAGAGACGUUGGUUGUAAUGAGGUUCAAUCCCCUUUGCGGUCACAUAAGAGCUAGGUGCUCAUUGAUAAUCUAUUAAGGGAGGUUUUUGGGUUUGACAUACCCUUAGAUUGCCCUUUUGUUA